AUGAAUCAGAAUCCAGCCUCUUCGCCAAAUCGUAAUCUUUAUUAAGCUCGACGAGUUUAUGUUAAAUUAAACUUCAAAGCUAAAGACAGCAAGCCUUUCUCUCAGGAAAAGCAAGUUUCCCAGAGAACUGAAAAACGAGCCAUGACUAAUGCUGCAGCGAACAGAACCCCAUCUCCCAGGCUCUCUAAAUCUCCUUGCUCAGUUCGAAAUAGAGAUAAUGCAAAAUUUGAAGAAGACAGAUGCAUUUUAUUAACUGAGUGCCCUUCAGGGUCUAUAUCCCCAGCUAAAAAAAUUUCCAAUCAGAAACCACCCAGAACUCCUCUUGGGAAAAAAUCUUCACAAAGCCAUUCUAGGUCUUCAAGUGGAAAUAAUGUAAUAACUCCUAUGAAAUCAGCAAGAAAUUCGAGACUUGACAACCUUUCAAAGAUAAUUAAAUAUGGCGUCUUCGUCUGGGCAUGGCCUCCCGGCCAUGCAGCCUCGACUCAUAUUUAAUUAUAUCCGGCAAGGUUUUGCCAUUUCAGAGAAGGAUAGCAAUGCUAGGUAAGCAAUUCUGGUUGUGUUCAGAGCUAGCCCUAGUCUAAUCUCGGGGAUGGGUUUUUUCCUCAUGGGAAAGGAAACACGGAAGUUGGAAAGGGGAAGCCCAGCAAAGUCCUUUGGACCAAUCGGGUAACUCCCUAGCGUGAAAUUGGGCGUUACGUCCCAGGCUACGUGCUUUCCCUUUUUGCCGAUAGCUGACCAGAAAAAAUCCAUUUUUUGGGUUUUUUCGGAAAAGCAACCCAUGUUGCAAGACAGUAGCUCAUCCAUGAGCCGUCGAAGCCGGUGACACUGGCCCUAGAAGCACCUUGGUGAUCGAAGCGAGGUCAUCCCGAGAGACCUUGUGGGCCCGAUGCAACGAAAGGCGAGUGAUCGACCUGGGGUUGUCACCCCGUAGUGGAUGUUAAACGGUUAUAAAUUUUAUAAGAUAAGAUAAGACCACCUUUCAAAGAAUUUUCAAAUUACUAAAGAUAUGCUGCAAAGGUGGAUCAGCGACAAAGACUUAGAAACCCCUGCCAAAGCUUUAAGCCUUGAUUUUAAUGAAGUUGGAGUCUUUUAA